GGCAUAUUCGUCAUCGUCCCUUAACUCAAACCCUACCAGCAGCCCCUCUGCCUCUCACGGACUCGCUCUCCCUCGGGGCAGAGGAGAUGUCGCAUUUUGGGAAAUCAGGACCUCCAGACAUCAGAGACACUUACUCACUCCUCGUCCUUAAUAUCACUUUCCGCACCACCGCGGAUGACCUCUUUCCUCUCUUCGACAAGUACGGGAAGGUCGUCGACGUCUUCAUUCCCCGGGACCGAAGGACUGGUGACUCGAGAGGUUUUGCUUUCGUUCGGUACAAGUAUGCGGACGAGGCUCAAAAGGCUGUGGACAAGCUUGAUGGGAGAGUUGUGGAUGGAAGAGAAAUUAUGGUUCAAUUCGCCAAGUACGGUCCAAAUGCCGAGCGAAUGCCAUUUGUUUAUUUGAGUCCUUGCUGCUUAAUUUUUUUCAGUCAUAAAGGGAGGAUAGUUGAGACAUCUUCAAAAGCAGCAGGCCGGUCAGGAAGCCGCAGUCCUCGUCCAAGGUAUAGGGAUGAAUAUAGGGACAGGGACAAAGAUUAUAGGAAGAGAAGCCUUAGUAGAAGCAGGGAUAGAUAUGAUCGUGACAGAUACAGUGAGAGGGAAAGAGAUCAUCGCUGCCGAAGCAUGAGCCGCAGCUCUAGUCCUGAUCAUCGAAGGCAUUCUGGGAGAGGCAGAUAUAAUGAAGAGAGACGCAGUCGAAGCCGAUCUUAUGGAAGUGCCUCCCCUAGUCGGCAUAAUCCUGAUUCUAAGAGGGCCCCUUUUCAACAUAAGACUCAGAGAGAUGAAAGUCCUGUUGGACACAACCCUAAAGAACACUCCCCUGCUCUGAAAACUGUGUCACCACAUGGUCGGCGCUCUGUUUCUCCAAGUCCAUCUCUGCAGAGAACCAAUGGUCAUGAAGCAUGAAGCAGCAUACAAUGUGAUUGAAAUUUCUUUUGCUUGAUGGGUUGUGUGUGUUUGCUUCCACAAGGAAGAACACAUAUUUGCAAUGUGUUUUUCAUUAGUGUAAUGCUCAAUGCAUGAUUUGAUGGUAAUUUAUGCUCAACUGACAUAUCAUGUAGAAGAAAAGUUUGAAGCUAGACACACUUUAUUGAAACUAGUGCCUUGUUUAAUAGCUUUGACAUAA